CGCUCGCACACUGUGCGGGGCAGAGGAAGAACGUCCCGGCUGCAGUGCAUCAGCGGAUCGUGUAGCUGGCUGUGCCUGUCCGAGGUACCCACGGGCCACCGUAGCUGGCACGGUAAGCCCCAGCAAAGUCGACUUUGUAGGAUUUCUGGCCAGAGGGAGCACCUACCCCGAAUCUGACCUGCAGGUAAACAGAAUCCUGUGAAGCCCACUUCCGGUGGUGUAGACCCCCGGGGCUGCUCGGACCACAAGCCUCCUCGUGCUCCCUGCCUGCUGGCAACCUGUACUUGGAGCCUCCCCUGGUUGCUUUUGUGUGGACUGACGGAGGCCUCUGCAUCUAACGCAGCCAUGAACUUCCUCCGGAGGCGUCUGUCUGACAGUAGCUUUGUGGCCAACCUGCCCAAUGGCUACAUGCCUGACCUGCAGCGUCCAGAGAGCUCCAGUAGCUCCCCAGCAUCGCCGGCCACGGAGAGGAGGCACCCCCAGCCCCUGGCUGCCUCCUUCUCUUCUCCAGGAUCCAGCCUGUUCAGCUCCUUCUCCAGUGCCAUGAAACAGACUCCACAGGCCCCCUCGGGGUUAAUGGAGCCACCAGCUCCUGUCACACCCGUGGUUCAGAGACCCCGGAUCUUGUUGGUGAUCGAUGAUGCCCACACCGACUGGUCAAAGUAUUUCCAUGGGAAGAAAGUGAAUGGCGACAUUGAGAUCCGAGUGGAGCAGGCUGAGUUCUCUGAGCUGAACCUGGCUGCUUAUGUUACCGGAGGCUGCAUGGUAGACAUGCAAGUUGUGAGAAAUGGCACCAAAAUUGUGAGGUCCUUCAAACCAGACUUCAUCCUGGUCCGACAGCAUGCCUACAGUAUGGCCCUGGCUGAGGACUACCGCAGCCUAGUCAUCGGCCUUCAGUAUGGAGGGCUUCCUGCUGUCAACUCUCUCUACUCCGUAUACAACUUCUGCAGCAAGCCCUGGGUGUUUUCUCAGCUCAUUAAGAUCUUCCAUUCUUUGGGUCCUGAGAAGUUUCCACUGGUGGAGCAAACAUUUUUCCCGAACCACAAGCCAAUGCUCACAGCCCCGCACUUCCCCGUGGUGAUCAAGCUGGGACAUGCCCAUGCUGGCAUGGGAAAGAUCAAAGUAGAAAAUCAGCAUGACUACCAGGACAUCACCAGUGUGGUGGCCAUGGCCAAAACCUAUGCCACCACCGAAGCCUUUAUAGACUCCAAGUAUGACAUUCGUAUACAGAAGAUUGGAUCCAACUACAAGGCAUACAUGAGGACCUCCAUCUCUGGAAACUGGAAGGCCAACACAGGCUCUGCCAUGCUGGAGCAGGUGGCCAUGACUGAGAGGUACAAGCUAUGGGUGGACAGCUGCUCAGAAAUGUUCGGCGGCCUGGACAUAUGUGCUGUCAAGGCUGUCCACAGCAAGGAUGGCAGAGAUUAUAUCAUCGAGGUCAUGGACAGUUCAAUGCCCCUGAUUGGUGAGCAUGUGGAAGAGGACAAGCAGUUGAUGGCCGACCUCGUUGUCUCCAAGAUGAGCCAACUUCUGGUGCCAGGUGGCACUGUGCCCUCACCCCUGAGACCUUGGGGUCCACAGACCAAACCUGUAAAAUCCCCAGGGCAAGGCCAGCUGGGACCUCAGCUAGGACAGCCCCAGCCAAGGCCACCUCCACAAGGGAGCCCUCGUCAAGCUCCGUCUCCUCAGCCUCCCAGAUCUCGAAGUCCAUCCCAACAGAGGCUUUCCCCACAAGGCCAACAGCCUGUGAGCCCUCAAUCUGGAUCUCCACAGCAGCAAAGGUCACCGGGCUCUCCACAGCUAGCCCGGGCAUCUGGUGGCAGUUCUCCAAACCAGGCCUCCAAGCCAAGUGCCAGCAUCGGCUCACAUCCCCGAGUACCCGUGCAGAGCCGCAGCUCUUCCCAGCAGGGGGAAGAGCCCCAGAAGUCAGCACCACCUCACCCUCACCUCAACAAAUCUCAGUCCCUGACUAACAGCCUCAGCACAUCAGAUGCCUGCCAUCGAGGGACCCCAAGCGAAGAUGAGGCCAAGGCUGAGACCAUCCGCAACCUGAGGAAGUCCUUUGCCAGCCUCUUCUCCGACUAGCCCCUCCCCAGGCUGGAGGGCGGGAGGACUCAGUGACUGGAGCCUCUCUCUGGUUCCCUCCUCCUCAGCUUUGGUUCCUGUGGAAACAUGCUUCCUAGAUGCCUCUGAUCCAGGAACUGAUCUACAUGCACUCCCAUCUCCAUGACCAUGACAUUCCAAUGCUGUCUGACUGAGCAGGAGCCUUGAGAGCCCCUGGGUUCCUCAGCACGGGCCUUCUAGACAGACAAGGCAUCACUACACCCACCAUAUGCUUGCUCCCCUGCCACUGGUACCAAGUAACAUGUCUGUGUGGCUCGUUUUUUUUUUUUUGCAUUAUUAGUGUUUUGCUUGCCUCUGAGGCCUGGACUCACCUCUGUCAAAUGCUGACAUUGUAGUCAGACCUCAGCAACACAAGAGGCAAUACUUUUGGAUGGUGUUUUUGCAAACAGAUACAGGAAAACCCAGCACAGGAGCCUACUGCAGACCUAAAGCUAGUGCUACCCUGGCUGGAACAGGCUGACAAAGGCCCCAUCACAGCUGGACCUCAUAGGGGCCUUGAUGCCAAAAAAAAAAAAAAAAAAAAAAAAAAAGCAGCUAGACCCUAUGCAACAAGUCGGGCCUUUCAGAACAGAACAGGAAACCCCAUAUAAUGCUACCCAGGCCUAGAGCCAACAGCAGGAAUCCAGAGGAGAGAGCCUGUGCCUCCUGUGGAGAGGGUCACAGAAUUGUGUGUCUCUGACCUCACUGAGAAUCUGUUUCUUCCUCAAGGUUAGAUGGAAAUCCAGAAUGGAGAGCUCUGGCAGGAUAAGGAGACAUAGUUAUGAGCUCUGUAUGGUUCAGCAUUCUACCUGCUCUGGACAGAGUGUCAAUAGGUCACCACAUUUACAAAAGGUCUCCUGGUGGGACAGCCUUCAGAAACUGUGUGUGCUUCUCGUUAGGAGACACAGAAUACAGGACGCACGUUGAGCCUUUUGGAAUUUCUUCUAGAAAAAGUUCCACUACAACCUUUUUCCAGGCAUUAAGACUAAGAUGGUUUGCUGCAGAGCCAAGUGGUCCUGACUGCCCCCUGCCCCGCCCCCAGGGCUCGUUUGCUCCUCCCCUCUAACAGACUGCCUCCCGGAGCACAUCACUAAGCACCUGGUGCUAGGAACACUGUCGGUGCCAGCAGUAGCGCCCUGGUCCCAGGACGAGCCAUGACAUCAGAACAUAGCCAUGCAUAUCUGCACAGCCCCCUCGGCCACCUGAGGAGUGCCUUCCCUGCACAGUAUGAGGGAGGGAAGAGUUAGUCAUAACUGCAGCAGCUUCUGGUUAUGGAACUUCUGCAGACUGGUGGGGCCUGAUCAUCGGAGGCUUUUCCAGGUCUCCAGGAGCACAGAAGCAGCCACCAUGGUUUCUGGGGAGUUUUCUGCUUGUUUUUCUUGAAACAGUCUCAUUCAGCAACUCAGGCUGGCCCAAAACUUAAUAUGUAUCUCAAGCUCAUGGUGACACCUGCUUCAUCAGCCUCCCAAGUGCUGAGACUGCACGAAUGAGCCAUCACACCCAGCAAGCCUUCAUCACUUUCUGGUCCUUCCAGCCCAGACUGGAGUGACAGAGACAAGGGUAGAUCCCUCACCUGCCUGGUCACUAGAACCCUGCACUUCUGCAGAAUGCACCUUCAAGUUGGAUGAGCUCAGCAUCACAAGUGGCGGCUUUGGCCCUGGCUGCAGAGGUCCACUUGGCACUCAGCGUCAUCCUCUUCCUCCUUGCAUCUCCCUUCCUCAUGAUCAAGUGAACACUGAGAGCAAGUGCCGGCCUCUUCCCAUACCCUUGGCUUGAAGCAAUACACAGCAGCUGUGACUCUACAUCGUGUAGGCCGGGUGACCACCAAGGACACGAUUUGGAGCUGUAGACUGCAGGGCUUCUGCCUAGUUGGAAUUGACUAGAAUCAACAUGCUCUGGUGUGAAGUGAGGAGUGGGCUAUGGAAGGUCUAGUGUCCCCCAUAGCAACAAAGGCCAGCCUCCUUCCCCCUAACUUCCAAUGGGUUCAGUGUGUGCAGGGCAGUCCCUGGGGUGUGCCUAUUCCACCCUGCCCAUGGCCUCCUCAUUUUCUCAGCCGCUCUUCUAUCACAGAAUGAGGCUGGCAAGAGCUUCCAGAAUGCUCUUGGAGACAAUGGGGAUGAGGCAGAAUGUGGUAGGACACAUGGCAAACAGCCAGUGUUCCCCGUCCCCGCCUACUACCCUGUGAGGGAAGGGAGCUCUCUCGGCCAGCACCCACAGCCAGGCUUUAGGUUGUUAUCCAAAGGAAGAAGACAGCUCUGAGUUCUCAGAUGUUGCUCCUUCCUCCCACUCUCCUCUGCUCUGACAGCCCUGCACCUUUCUCUAGAUCCUCCAAAGAAAGCUAGGUGAGGCAGAAGGAAGGACUGGGAGGGGGUAAGAUCUGAAGUGUCAAAGAGUCUGGUAAAGUGAGCUCCACAGAAGAGGAUGCACUUGUUGGCUCUCUGAUUAUCUACCUAAGGAGGCGUGAGUCCCCUUUGCAGGUCCCCAGCAUCCUCUUCCCUUCUCCCCCCACCCUGCAUUUUACACACACAUGCGCGCGUGCACACACACACAUACACACACACACACACACACACACACACACACACACAGUGCCUGACUAAUGACCAGAACAAACACACUAAAAUGUAAUAUCUUGCCAGCCAUGGUGGUAUAUGCCUUUAAUUCCAGCACUCAGGAGGCAGAGGUAGGCAGAUCUCUGAAUUGAGGCCAGCCUGGUUUACAAUAGAGUUCCAGGAAAGCUAGGGCUACACAGAAGGGAGGAAGAA